AUGGACUCCGCAAACCCUGUCGAUCCGAACCUGCGCAGCUUGACGCCAGUUCAUCUGCCGCUGGCCAUCAUUGUUGUCUCGAGCAUCUUUCUGUUUCUGUCGAUUAUUGCGGUCGGCCUCCGAACUUACGUGCGGAUCACUGAUCGCGUAUUUGGCCUCGACGAUGGCCUCAUGGCAGCCGGAGCGGUUAUUUAUACGGCAGUGGUAGGGUUGGCAAUCUACGCCUGCACCGUCGGUAUUGGCACACGACAGGAGAAACUGAACGCCUGGAUGGCCGAGGAGGCGAUGAAGUUCUACAUCAUUUGGAUCCUGACAUACGUCUGGGCUCUGGCUAUCGUCAAGUCAUCUAUCUGUGUGACUAUACAGCGCAUUGCAGACACGCAGAGAAUCAUGCGCAUAUCAGUCUGGAUUCUCCUCGCCAUCACCUGGGCAUCUUUCCUCGUCACAUUUGUCGGCGUACUGCUAUACUGCCGCCCCGUCGAGGCCGUCUGGCAGCCGGCGCUCAUUCUCAGCGGCGAGGCGAAGUGCGCGCCGGUUGAGACGUUUAUCGCCCUGGGCCACGUCGCCACGAGCACGACCAUCGUUACCGACUUGGCCCUCGCUGUGCUGCCGGCCGUCAUGCUGUGGAAGUCGCAGAUGAAGACCCAAACCAAGCUGCAGGUAUUUGGCCUGCUAUCCGCGUCGAUCAUCACGAUGGUCCGUAUUCCCUACGUCAACCGCUUCCGCGUGCCUGUCGAUCUACAGUUCUGGGUCGGCCACACGGUUCUAUGCUCCAACAUUGAAACAGGCAUCGGCUGCGUCGCCUCGUCGAUUCCGUCACUGCGCCGCCUGAUCAUGCGUCGCCGCGGCCUCGAAGACUCGACACAACACUCGGGCCGCGCCACGGCUGGCGACGUCUCCCUCUUUACAUUCGGCAACAGCAAAAAGACGCCCGGCGCAAGCCGUGACCGAUUUCGCAACCCUACCGAUGUGGGAUUUAGCCUGACGACGGUACAGGGACUCGGCGACGACAACUGGGAGAGGCUGCAGGACGGUGACUCGGACAAGGGGGACUUGCUGAGCGAGGACCGCGAGGGCGCCAAGGGCAUCCGCGCCCAUUACACAUAUGCCGUGGAGUACGAUCAGUCGCCGCCGUCGCUGGCGCAGGGGCUACGUUAA